AUUCACUCGUUCUGAUCCUCCAAUCUCACUCCAAACAAAUUAAUCUGAACUCCGGCGAGAUGGGUCACAAGCACGAGCUCGUCGCCGUCGCCGGCUUCAUCGUGGCCGUGCUCUUAGGGACUGCGGCCGCGCAGUCUUCGGCCGGCUGCACCAGUGCCAUCAUCGGCCUCGCGCCUUGCCUCAACUACAUCACCGGCAACGCCACCGCGCCCUCCCCCGCCUGCUGCUCGCAGCUGGCCACCGUCGUCCAGUCGCAGCCGGCGUGCCUCUGCUCGGUUCUCAACGGCGGCGGAUCCUCGUUCGGCGUCAGCGUCAACCAAACGCGGGCGUUGGCGAUGCCCGGCGCCUGCAAGGUCCAAACUCCGCCAGUGAGCGAGUGCAACGCUGGAGCAAAAUCUCCGACCCCUUCGCCGGCGACACCAGAGGCCCCCGCCGAUCCCGCUCCGGCGACCCCAUCCACAAUAUCACCUCCGAGAACAGAGGGCGGGUCGAAGGCUACUCCGGCAACUCCGGCCACAGCCUCAGAUGCUGUCGCUAAUAAAUCACCCGCAACUCUGAUUCUUUCGAUCUUCUUCUUCUUCAUCUUCAUCUUCCUUGCCGGACUCUAAUGAUGCAGAGGCCAGUUGACUGAUACGAUCGAGCUGUGGAUCGUUGCCUAUCUGUUUAAUUUGUUUCUUUGAAAAUUUGCUGUCCAUUGAAUUGUUAUGAUUGUUUCAUUAGCUGAUGUGCCAUGUUUGUUUCUAUCCAAAGUAAUAAGACCUUUUGUUGGGGAUUUGGGGAGAGUA